AUGAUUAAUCAAACAAUCAUAAAAAUUCUGAAUACAAACAAUGUAAAUCUUGCUGAAAGUGCACUAUAAUUGGAAAAGGCAGGUUAAUUAAUUUUUAAAAUCAUAUAGGUAUUCAAAACGUCUUUAAUUACUUAUCUAAAUCGGAUGUCACAAAAAUAGUGUUCCCAGAGUAGGUAAUAAAAUUACUGUGUGUAUUUCACUUCAUGAUACAAAAAUAAACUUUGGAUGUACAAGUUUUUUAAGAAUGUAAUAUUUAUUGGAUUACAAAUGUCUUGAAUAAUAGUUUUAUUAUGGAGAGGUUAUCAACGGAAAUGAGUUCCUCUAGCACCUUCGCAAGGAGUAGUUAAUUUUCAUCUAUGAGAUCUUCUUAGUAAUAGACAGAUAGGAAUCUUCCAAAUUUUUAAACAGAGACAAAAUCGUAAAAAGUUCACACAAAGAGAAUGGAUUGUUUUUAGAGCUACUCAGAGAAAUAAUAGACAGAGAGACACAUCAUUAGGGAACCUCUAUCAUAUUAGUCAAUGUUGCAGUUGUACUACACAUAUUUAAAACGAGUAUGCCAUUAUUCAUCAAGUGGGAUACCGAUAAUAGAAUUGUAUGUAAUAUAAAACAUUUGUUCAAUGGGAUUGCGUAUAAUUGAGGGAUAGAAAUGUCCAAAGUUGGAUUUCUGCUUUCAACUAAUCCUGAAAGAUCUUGAAUAAUUCUAAAGUCAGCAGAUCGAUUACCUGAAAGAAUUGAUAAUCGAUUUAAAAGAUAAGAACAAGGAAUAGAUGUUUGACUUAUUUGAGAUCUACAAAUUGUUAUGUUUGAACGGAAAGCAAAUUAAAUUUUUUGGAGUGUUAAAUAAACUAACCAUAAAUCAAUAGAAACUAAAGGGCUUUAAGAAGGAAUGUAAAGAAUUUGUAAUAGAGUGUAAACAACAUUUAAGGAAAGUGAAACUCUAGCAAAAUCAAGAAAGAUUGAGUGUUUCUGAAUUUAAGACAGAUAAUUUCUUUGACUAUGAAAGAAAAUAGGUGUACAACAAUUAUUGA